UCCAACUUCCUGUGUGAUGUCAUGGUUGAGAUUGGUUUAUUACUGCAGCUUCUAUACUGAGUUUGUGGCAGCUGAGUUGGAAGGAAGAUUAGUGCCGGUGCAAUUGGAGACGGCGGUAUAUUUUUAACAUAAGGAAACAAAUUGCCGUUAGGUAGCAGACGGAAGGAAAAAGGAGAAAUACCGGAGAAGCAAAGCAACAUCAAAUUAUUUUGUCAGAACAGCGUGCAUGCAGGUCUGCACAGUGGGGCCCAAAGCGUGCAGCAAGUUCUCUGAGUUUGUUAAUGAGACUUCCCCUAAAGGUUCGUCACGCCUCAGCUGCACUUCUGGGAACUCAUGGACAAGAGACAAGGAAAAGUGAAGAAAAAACCUAACUUAAAGAUCUCUGAAGAUGUCUUCAAUCAGCCAAUUACCAGCCCAACGCCACCCCGAGACCUGGAUUCAAAAGCUUGCAUUACAAUUGGAGAUCAAAAUUUCGAGGUGGAAGCUGAUGAUUUGGUGCCUAUCAAUGAACUGGGCCGAGGAGCAUAUGGAGUGGUGGAGAAAGUGAGGCACGCACCCAGUGGAACCAUAAUGGCUGUGAAGAGAAUCCGGGCAACUGUGAAUAGCCAGGAGCAGAAGAGAUUACUAAUGGAUCUCGAUAUCUCAAUGAGGACUGUUGACUGUUUCUACACCGUUACAUUCUAUGGAGCCCUGUUUCGAGAGGGUGAUGUGUGGAUAUGUAUGGAACUACUGGAUACCUCACUGGAUAAAUUUUACAAAAAAGUCAUCGAGAAAGGGAGAACAUUCCCAGAAGACAUUUUGGGAAAAAUAGCUGUGUCUAUUGUGAAGGCAUUAGAGCACCUGCAUAGCAAGCUGUCCGUGAUUCACAGAGAUGUAAAACCUUCCAAUGUUCUCAUCAACAAAGAAGGUCAUGUGAAAAUGUGCGACUUUGGCAUUAGUGGAUACUUGGUAGACUCGGUUGCCAAAACAAUGGAUGCUGGAUGCAAACCAUACAUGGCUCCCGAGAGGAUUAACCCAGAUCUGAACCAGAAAGGAUACAAUGUGAAAUCUGAUGUCUGGAGUUUAGGCAUCACAAUGAUUGAAUUAGCAAUCCUACGGUUUCCGUAUGAAUCCUGGGGAACACCAUUUCAACAGUUAAAGCAAGUUGUGGAAGAACCUUCCCCGCAAUUACCUGCAGACCGCUUCUCCAAGGAUUUUGUGGAUUUCACAGCACAGUGUUUAAAGAAAAACCCCAAAGAUCGAAUGAACUACAUUGAUCUUAUGGCGCACUCCUUCUUCAAAAUACAUGAUGCCAACAAAACAGACGUUGCCUCCUUUGUAAAAGAGGUUUUAGGAGAUGAUCCUAUCUGAUGUCUGAGGAACUUAAAAAUAAAAUUGAUAGCUUCUUUGUUCUCACUUAUCCAAUGGGAUUUCUAUUUAAGAGUGAACCUAGUUACUUAAGAGGCGGUUGAGUUUAUGGCUAUUUGUGUAAGGUGCUUUAUGCCAGUCAUACAUCUCUGCUACACUUAAAAGAUUCUGAGGUGUUUGUUUGUACCUUUUCUGAAAAGCCAAGCCAGCACCAGCUGUAAAAUCCAAACCUGGGACUUGUAACUGAAAAAGCAAAUCUAAGCCCAGAUGUCCAACCAUCAGCGGGAGAAGAGAAAAUCCUCUCCCAUUUGUAAACCUGGCCUGGAGAUAAGAUCAUAGAACCCCCUACAGUGCAAAAGGAGGUCAUUGGCCCAUCGACUCCACACCAAUCCUCCAAAGAUCAUCCCACCCAGACUCAGCCCCCUACCACAUCCCGUAACUUCAUAUUUACCCAUGGUUAACCCACCCAGCUUGCACAUGCCUGAACACUACAGGCAAUUUAGCAUGGCCAAUCCACCUAACCCACACAUUUUUGGACUGUGGGAGGAAACUACAGGAAACCUAUGCAGACAUGGAUAGAAUAUGCAAACUCCACACAGACGGUUGCCCGAGGCUGGAAUUGAACCUGGGUCUCUGUGAGGCAGCAUUGCUAAAUACUGAGCUGCCAAAGAUGGUCUUUGAGUCCCUGUCUCUAAUCAUGCUGUUUGAUUUUCUCAAUUCAAUCCAAGCCCAAGCAGCCAUAAACUCUUGGUUACUCCACUCUUGGUCAGAUUAGUAUUGACCAUUUGUAUAUAGUUAACUGAAAACAGCCUGGUUGUAAAGAACAGAAAAAGGAAAAAAGCUCUUAUUUUUGACAGAUACAACAUAUACUCUUGAUUAUAUUUAUCUUUGUUGCAUGGUUUAUCAUUCAGAGUGUCACUGAUGCGUUUAAAUGUGUAGCACUUCAAAACUUUUCAAGAAUCUCAAAGUAGACCAGUUACUGUGAAAACUAGCAAUUAAAAUAGCUGACUGUGAAAAGGUGCCUGAUUUGGUGAUCCUAAGUAGUAACUGAAGAAAGAUCUUAGUAAUCGGUCCCUCACCUCUAGUCGUUUUGUGUUUAAAGGUAUGUAUUCAAACAUUUAAGUAUCUCUUGAUGAUUGCAAUCAGAACAUCUAGGUCAGGACAAAUUAAAUAUUUCAAAAAUAUGAAAUGGCAAUAAUUUUCAUGGGAAAAUUCUGGGCCUGCACUCAAUUUUGCAUGGUAGAAUGGUGCAAUGAGAAUUCAUUCUUGCUAUUCCAUAGGGUUAUUCAAAUUGUACCAACAUUUUUAAAAUGGAUUUGUGAAAGGGAAAAUGUUAAAUGGAAUCCAGUUGCUUCUAUAUGCCAUAGAAAAUGAGGACAGCCUUCUCCUGUGACACAGAAACACACUCCCUGGUACUCACAUUAGUAUGGACAUGGCACCUGUUUUCCAAAUACUUAGUUUUGUGGAAGGAUAAGGGGAGGAGGCAGAGGGAAUUGGUAGUGAGGCUGUCAGUUAAGGAGGAAAUGCAAUAAGAUAUGUAAAAGGAAAAAUUUAAUCAAACUCUGUAGUGCUCUACAAAAGUGUACCACAACUCCUCCUGUUCUGAAGAUACUGCAAUGGGAACAAACAGGAAUUACAUCCUUCAGGAGUUGAAAAUUAGAUUAUACCAAAAUUAUAAAAGGAAUUUGAUAAAAAUUUGGAGCUGACUGGGAAUGAGCAAUUCCAACUACAUUACUCUUAUUGCAUGUGCCAUUUUAUUUUGCCAAGCUGGGCUACUCAUGUUGCUCGUGUUUAAUAAGCAUUGUUAAUGAGUUUUGAGAUACCUGCUGAAUUUGUGUGCCUUUCAUUUUGAGACCUACAUCAGGAAAUCACUGACUGGGUACAAUCUGUGAGGAGUUGUCAAUGCUGUGCUGCUUUUUCUUAAAAACAGACUUCAGAAAUGGUUGCUCCACGUACUGUAACAGUGUUAUAACAUAGUUAUGUCAACAAAAAAUGGCCUGUAAUGAAGAAAAGUCCAUGUUUUUAAGCACACUUUAUAAAUCUAAUGUUACUGUCAAAACUGUACAAGAUAUUUUUUAAAAAAGACAUACACAUUUAUUGAAAUCUGUAUUGUCAGGAAUAAUACAAUCUCGUACCAUUGAAAUUCUGUACUUUUAGUAGAAUUGUGUGAUAUAGAGAAAGACUGCAUAGCUCCUUUAGUUACUUGGUUAAUAAAUGCACUGCCUUGUGCCAAACUGAGCCAUAUGGACUGGGAAGAUCUCAGGCUCAAUAUCUGAUCUGUGCAGAGUUAGCUAAUCUCAACGAGGAUGGUAGUAGGAUUGUUAUUUACGAUACAGUUGGGUCCUUUUUUGGAGUCAACUUCAUAAACACUUUGCUUCUUAAUGUGUUACAGUCAUUAGCUGUAAGAUGGCUCAGCAAGUCUCACAGGUAGUUGAGCCAGAAAGAUUGUGUCCGUUUGCCUUGCUAUGUUAAGUUAACUUACUGUAUCAGAGAUCCUGUAAUUGGCUUUAAUAUCGUUGUGUUUGGGCGAAGAAAUCAUUUACAGGUCCCAUACCAUUGGCUUUAGGACAGUCCAUCCUUGAAUGCAAUUGGAUGAAGUUUGAGUGCAGGAACACUCAGUUAUGUCCCGACAGUCAAAUAAUCUACAUUGUUCCACAUCAGUCUUCACAUAAGAAAUUAUAAACCACUUCUUUGGAUACCAGAAGGCAACUAAACACCUGCCAGUUAGCAUCCUCACAGAACAGUCAAUGGUCAAGAAAUUGGAUUGUGUCUGAAUUGGGGUGCAGUAUUUGCACCUAAAAGGACAGGUGGCAAAACGUGGUAAAUUAGUGAAAUAAAUAAAUUAGUAAACUAGUUGGCUUCUGUUUGAGGUAGGGAUGUCAGCAGCAGAAAUAGCUCUGCUGCUAGUUGAAGUGUUUUGAAAGGCCUAGGAGAGGGCUGAAAAGCCCUUGAGUUAUGCAGGGGCAGACUGCAGCCCACCUAUUUAAUGAUGAGCUAAGAAGAGCAUUUCCAAAAUCCCUUGAAGGAAUUGGUUUGCUUACUAAGUACCCAAAGUAACUGCAGUAUUCACGUCACAUGCUAUGGUCCUGCAUAAUUAAUUCUGCAAAGAAGGCCUAUGCAAAGGGCCUAAUAUCAAUUUUAGGUGCGCACUUUGGAUGCCCAAGCAAGAUUCCUAAUCAGUAUGACCCUCUGUCAUUUUAUGAGAGUUAAACAGGCAUAGCUCCUUUUGAACUUGUAGGCCGACGCUUUCAUGACUUUGAAAAGUAAAAGUAAUUGUCUUUUUUAUGGUUUAAUUCCCAAUUUCAUCAUUUAAUACUUAAAUUAAUUCAAUUUACCAAACACACAGCUUCUUAAAAUUCUAGAUAGAUAUUGAGCAUACUUUUAAUGAUAGGACAUGCAUAUGAAUUUUAAUGUAAAUGUUGCUGACCCACCGGCUUGUCACACUGAAAUGUUCAGAUGGGACAGCCUGGUCAUUGUAAAUGUCAAUCAGUUUUUGCCAGUUAAUCUUUGCUAAAUUAUCAUUUCAUUGGUCUUAAAGCUAAUCAAUUCUGGGAAUUGUGUAGAGUGUUCAUUAAAUGGCUUUACAUUGAGAACAUACUUGAAGCUUUGCAAAUUAUUGACACUUAUUUUUUAUACUUUAUAAACUAUACAGAUAUCUAAUAUGGCUAUAUCAGCUCUUAAAAUUUUCUAGUUACUCAAGAACUUAAUGAACUUGUAGAUGAAUAAUAAUAUUUGAUUUUCUUACUGAGAAAUGGUGGAGUAAAUGUACUUGUAAAAGAUCUUUUAUUGAUUCUUUUUAAGGAAAUGAAUUCUAUAUUUUUGUGUCCCUUGUUUUAAUGUGUAUUCAGAAUAGGAAGUAUGAUGGAACAGAUUUGCAGUGUUUCUCAAUGGUUGCUCUAAUGUAGGUGCCAUAACAAAAUUCAUAGAGAAGAAGGAAGGGAAGAAGGAUUUUUGAAGGCAAAAUCACUACAAUAACAAACUCUGAUUUGGGUGUGAUGCUGGUUUUGCAAUUUCAAAAAGGUCCAAUUUGACUCUUGAGUCAGCGGAGAGCAGUAUCAAGCAGGGUAUAAAAGUGUUAUUCUAACAACCCUCCAGGCUUACCAGUAGGUGAAUUAGCCUAAAAUUGGCCCAAAAUGUCUUGUUGAUGAAUGCAAAUGUGACCUGUAAAAAUUGGCAGGAACGGACUAAUCUGUUUACUGAUAGUUUCUGGACAAGCGGUUAACAUAUGAUGGCAAGAGUGGAAGGUACUAUUAAUACUCUUUUUUUUCUAAGAGUUUUUGUUUACUGAAGAGUUUGAAUUAAUUGGACAUUGGGUUGUGUGACUUGUGCAUACCUAAGUAAGAUAGCUAAAGAUUAUGGUUUGAAUCUUACGUUUUUUGGCUAAGUGCUACUAUUGUAAAGUUUCACGACGUCCUAGGAGGACUUGUUGUUGUAUUGUCCCAAAUUCAUUUUGCUACUCCCCCUCCUAUGAUGCCACUUUUGCCUGAUCCUAGUUUAACUGCCACUCACUAUUCCCAGAACAAAUGAAUACUCAGUGGGUAUCAACCAAAACACUGGCAUCCCUAGCCCCUGCAAUAUCUUUGAAAGGCCAUUGCGCAACAUGCACAAAACCAUGCUGGUGAAGCUACAUUCCCCUCUCAUACCAGUUGUUUUAUCACCAGUCCACUCAGUUAACCUGUCCUUAGUUAUAUCCUGUCUAAAUAUCCUCUCAAGUCACUUCUAGUCCGCCCCCAGUGACCACUUUAGACCCAAAACUUCUCAUUGUUCCAUUGGGGAUCACCACAUACAGGUAAGCAAUAGGACAAUUCCAAAGAUGAGUUUAAUUUACAACCAGCAAAAGCGAACACAAACAAAAUGAAUACAGGCUGUAGGAUGCCCUCACAAACUAAAAUGCCAGUCUGAUGACCAAUGACUAUUUCACAUUCCAUGACUGUGUUUGCUACAACCAGCUCUUGUCGACUGGAACUGGGUGUAAAUCCAGUCCCAUUUGGCUUACAGCGCCCAUUGCAGCUGAGCUCUGUCAUGUACAAGGAGAGCUUCCUCAUCCACAAUGUUAUUGUGCUUCUCGUGUUCUAAAGACUGCUCCCAUUUCCCCAGUUCCUCAGCAUCCAGCACAUUGGCUCAUUGACUGCUUCAGUUGUGCAGUCUGUCUGGACUAUACUGGAGGCUGCCUCAGACAAAUCUAAGCAGCAGAACUCCAUCUUCAGCAACCUUCAGUGUGCUCCACUGACCCUAAUCGAAACUUGGGUGGCAUUAUAUCUGCAUACCUCAUCAAUUGGACAUGUUGCAAUGGUGUCAUGAGGUGUGGCACAGUGGGUAGCCCUGUUCUCCCAGUAGUCCUUGUAGGGCCCUUGCACCCUAGAAUGCAGUGGGUAAAUGAGGGCUGCAGUAUGUAGGAGUUGUGGAAGCUGCCAGUGAGCACACCUCCAGGAAAUGGUAACAGUAAUCAUUGAUUAAUCCAAAUGAAACCGUUCCUGUUGAUGAAUUCCACAGUGUUGUGGUAUGGCCAUUUCAGUGCCAUGUAUGCCCACAUUGGCACCCAGCAGUACCCAGGAUGCAGUACUGACCUCAUUAUUGGGAAGCAAAAUGAACUGGUGUGAUCUUGCACAGAUGACAUUGGUCACUUUCCUGAUACAUUUGUGGACGUGUGGCUGAGAAAUCCAUCAUACAUGCAGCUGAGCCUCAGCAUGUGCACCAGUUGGGUAAAUGUACCACUUCAGCUGAGUACCAACACACAGAACGUCAUAAAGGGAGUAGCUGCUGUGUUCUGACUCCUAGGCUUUGUGUUUGUCUCUUCCAUAUUCUGGCAUCCAGAUGUGAAUCCUGUGUUUCCACCCAUCAGUCUGAUGACUGACAGACUCCCCCAGGUGUUGUCCCAGCCAUUUUCCGGUUGCGUUUAAUAUUUAAUGAACAGCAAGUGAUGACAGGGAACACAGGUCAGGGUGGAAAUGUUUAGUGUCAGGUCCUACCUGAUUACCAAGUAACCCUCCCAGUGCCUCCAUACCCUUUUUACCUUGCAUUACCACUGCAUCCCAUUUUCACCCUUCUCCUCUUCGUCUUGUUCCCCCUCUUUUCCCCCCCCCCGCCCCAAUAGGUGGAGAUUCACCACAUUGAACUUUGCCCCCAACAUUCCUCCUAAGCACCGAUAUUACACCUCACCUUUGCCCACUGUGGCCCUCUAUCAUCCCCCUGUAAAGGCAAAAAUGGUGGAUGCUGACAGUAACCCCUUGUACCUUGACAUCUGCCCCCCCCCCCCAAUCAUCGUUUUUGUCCGCCCUGUCUAAAUGCCUCUGCUUCCCUCGUCAACCUCGACUGCCCCACCCUUUCUGUCAAGGUGACUCCGUUUGCCCUACAGCCCCUCCUUGUAUCUUCCUCACUGAUGAGUACACGGACCCCUUGAGUAUGUUUACACCAGAUCCCUGACAGACUUUUAUGAACAACCGUAGACAUAACUGACCAAACUCAUGAUCGCUGUCUUUGCAGCUCCCCAACUGAUGAUGUAUGAUUCCCCUGGCUACCGCUGAUGGCCUUAUAGGACUGACCAUUGCCCAGUCCGCAACUACAGUCAGACAUCUCCCCUGACUGUGACUGGCCUAAGUAGAUGACUGACCAUGACCAAGUCCCUGGAAUAUGUAUAGACUAUGCCUGUGACUGAGAUCCCGGUACUGGUCACAGCCCCUCAGUAUCGCUCACCGUAGCCCAUGUCAUUCACACCAGUUUAAGAUUCCGUCUUACUUUUUUAUCAAAGAAAUUGUUUGCUUCAAUGUUACACCAUCAGAAUGGCAAAUAACUGCACAGCAGAUCGAUCAGUACAUAAAGGAGACUCAGCUGAAUGCUUCAUUCGCAUGCUUUGUGCAUUUGUUUCAGUGGUUUGACUCACUUGCUAAAGUUCAUCUCUAAGUAACCCAUGUGAAAGUAGAGAAUUUUUCAUUGCCCCAGGAGAUUGUCCUUCAUUUGUAGCAUUAUACAGGAAAAUUAUGUUCAGUAUUUUUGUUGGGUUCAAGACUGAAAAACAGCCAAAUUUUAAACAAAUGCUUUGCAUUUUCCAGGAAAACACUAUUUCCAUACAUCUAUUUCCAGAGCCUUUAAAUAUUUUCUAAUCAAAAUCAUGCUUUAAAUGAUUGCUCAUCAACAGUUGAUGAGUAUUCUUUUAAUAUUGCUAAUUAUUUUCUGAAAUGUUGCUAACCUUCCUGAAGUGAAAAAAAUGAUUCCUUGAUAGAGGCAUUAUAUUAUAGCCUGUCAUGUAUUGAUGUGAACAGAACAUGUGAAAAUUUAGAUAAUUCAAAUGCUUACUCCCUAAGAAAUGUCCUAUGAAUGAAAUUUAUUGUGCAUUUCCAGUUGAACAGAUAGAUGACUGAGUGCCUUCAAAUUGCUGUUAACUUCGAAAAAUAGUGAAUUGGACUUGAAAAUCUUCCUUUAUUGGCAUAUUCUUUCCAAGUCCCUUUUAACCUAUUAAUAGGAUAUACAGGAGUUGGAUAGAUAUUGGUCUAAGAUUUGGAUGUAUCUGUUAAAGAUAUUUUUCAUUGUGUUAUGCCUGAUUGAACCAGGAAGAGGGAAGAAGUGAUUUGCUGCAGAGAGAAGAUACUUGGUUUAGGUAUUGUAUGUUCACCAUCUGGCUGUUUCCAACACUGAUAAAUAGUGGGGCAGUCUCCAAUUCGAAGCCAUCAUGAGGUCAAAUUAUUGAAAUCCAACAAGAGUUAAAUGAAUUUUGUUGAACUAUCAAAUAUUGACUGACCCAUCAAUGUCUGGUCCAAAACCAGUUCAUGUCAGUUGAUUCGUGGGCAUUUAAUGUUUUUUUUGUUUCCAUCAUAAGCACAUCAAAGAGACCUACACAAGUUGACUGUUGGUCUCUCAAAGGGGCCUUUCCACCCUUCCUCAAAUGUCACGCUCGCAUGAAUACAGUCAGCUGCUGUCAGCCCAAUUUUUCUGCCUUUUUUUUUUAAAGUUGGAGUCUCCAGAAGUUUAAUUUUCUUAUCAUUAAAGGUUGGCAAGGGGUACUUUUAAUGGCUUAGCAAAUGCAUUACUGUGCUCUAACAGUAGCUUAGUCCACUUUCAGGUCCUGGUUUGUGUCAACAGGCUGGCAGUGAUACAACUGAUCUCCAUAGAACUGCAUUAAUGAUUAGGCCAAGAGAUCAGAGCUUUGUUUCUUUUGCUAGCUGCAGUAUAGGGCUAUAUGCCACUUAAAAUCAGAACUACACAUCCAAGAAAUAGAGUGGAAAGGGAAAUAAUCACCCAAUUUUUGGCUUGUAUGCAUGGUAACAGACUCUGCACCAUGAUCCUGCUAGAGGUUGAGGGCAUGUUAAUAAACUGCUUGGCCUUUGCUCUAGUGAUUUACUUAAGCCAGUUACACAGCUUGUUUUGAUUUUUCAAUUGCUUUUGAUUUUGCGUGGUAAUACACGUGCAAAGUCAUGAACUACGAGAGGAUAUCUAGCUGUUGCUCUAUUUGUGGUAUAGCAACAGGUUGGUGUAAAGUCACGGUUCAGUUAUUCCCAGAAAAGGAUUUUAUUUUUUAUUCUCCUUCACUGAGAGAAACUCGCAUGGUGGCAUUGCACAUUAGAUCUGACAAAGUGGCAUGCCCCUAAGUAUGGAUUGGUUUCUGUAUGUACAGCAACAGUCUCACCUCCACCUCUCAUCAUCCCUUAAGUGUCACCGCAACUCUUCUGUUUCUUGGUGCUUUAUUUCAAAUUGUGUGCAAUAGGCACCGAAUGUUCUGGUUCCCCUCAUGUAACAAAACCUGUAAACUUUUGUUUAUAUUGCUGUUUUAAUUCAUUGACACAGUAAUUAUAACACAGCUGGUAUGUGUGCCUUGCCUUGUAUAGCAACACACAUACUGUUCUGCCUUUUCCACUGCAUGGGAAGCAUAGUGGGUCAUGUAUUGAUUACAUGUGAGGUCCAGUAAUCUUGGCUGAAAUGGUGCCAUUUACUUCACCUUUUGUGUUUUAAUUCAAUAUUGCAAUGUUUUGACACUGUAUAAUUUUUAUUUUGCUGACUAGCUGUCUUGCUGAGCGUGUGUGUUAAAUAUGAUUGGGAUUAGCUCUGAGAUUAUAUGGUGUGCCAGUUCAGAGGCUGUUAUGCCAGUGCAGUUUUUUUUCCUUGCCAAUGUACACAAAAUUAAAAAAAAACAUUUUUUAAACAA